CAGCGCAGUCAUGUGACCCUCUAGUUACACGUGACCGGGGCCCCUGAGAGAGAGGGGACGGGAGAAGCAGCGGUUAUUGGGCAGCGCUGGGGGAGGAACUGGAGGGCUCGACGCACCGGAAAUACCGGAGACUAUGAUAACAAUGUCUGAUGGAAUGAUGAGCAAAGCUGCCACUAUGGAAAUCGCUAUCAGCAGGAAUGGGGUGUCUGGGGCCCUGGAUGAGAGUCUGGAGCAGGAUCUGCAGCAGGUUAUGGUCUCUGGUCCCAAUCUCAAUGAGACGAGUAUCGUAUCGGGGGGUUAUGGUGGCACCACAGAGGGGAUCAUUCCCACUGGUACUAUUAAAGGGGCCAUGUCUCAGCAGUGCUCCUCACACUCUGCUCUCACCUCUGAGGAACUCAACAGAGGUUUAGCUGUGGAGAAGUUUGAUCUUGUGAAGAAGUGGGGAAUAAACACUUAUAAAUGCACCAAGCAGAUGAUCUCUGAGCGCUUUGGCCGGGGCACUCGCACUGUCGACCUGGAGCUGGAAACUCAGAUAGAGCUUCUGAGGGACACCAAGCGCAAGUACGAGGGGGUCCUACACCUGGCCCGGGCCCUCACUGCUCACUUCUACAGCCUGGUGCAGACUCAGAGGGCCCUCGGUGAUGCCUUCUCUGACUUGAGCCAGAAGUCCCCUGAACUGCAGGAGGAGUUUGGGUACAACGCAGAGACCCAGAAACUGCUGUGUAAGAAUGGGGAGACGCUCCUCGGGGCGGUCAAUUUCUUUGUGUCCAGUAUCAACACUCUCGUUAAUAAAACCAUGGAGGACACGUUGAUGACUGUCAAACUGUAUGAGACUGCAAGACUGGAGUUUGAUGCUUAUCGGGCCGACCUGGAGGAGCUGAGUUUGGGGCCGCGGGAUUCAGCCACAUUGUGUCGUAUGGAGGUCGCACAACAGAACUUCCAGUCGCACCGCGUCAAAUACGAGAAGCUGAGGGGGGACGUCACUAUCAAACUGCGCUUCCUACAGGAGAACAAGGUGAAAGUGAUGCGCAAGCAGCUCCUGCUCUUCCAUAAUGCCAUCUCCUCGUACUUCGCUGGCAAUCAGCAGCAACUGGAGGCCUCCCUGCAGCAGUUCAACAUCAAGCUGAGCAGUCGGGCCAGUGACAAGCCCUCCUGGCUGGAGGAACAGUGACGGGGGCAGCAGGAGGAGCGCUUAUUUAUAGAGUUGUGUGUGUGUGUGACACUCCCUACGUGUGUCUGGCCAUGAGUGACACAAUUGGUGUGUGCAACUGGGUGAGUGUGUGAGUGCACACUGUACAUAUGCCUGGGUAUGUGAGUGGGACUAGGUGAGUGUGUACUUCAGUAUGUGAGUGAGACUGUACUCCAUACGUAUGCCUAGCUGUGUAUGUAAGUCUGGCUGUGUGAGUGGGUCUCUGCAUGCCUCUGGGGGUUUCAGUGAGACUCAGGAACCAUGUGAAUGAGACAGAACCUUUUGAUGGUGGUACAAGCAGGCCACACCCCUAUAGUACAGUUCUAAUUGGCUCUUGACCUUUUCUUGUUCCAUCUCUCUACUGGCUUCCUGCUCCACCCCCUACCCUAAAGCUCCUUCUGUUCAAUCUCUCUUACUUCCUGUCCUGCCCCCUAUAGCUCCUCCUGUUCCAUUUCUCUACUGACUUCUGUCCCCUACCCUAUAGCCCUGUUCCAUUUCUCUACUGACGUCUGACCCCUACCCUAAAGCUCCUCCUGUUCCAUCUCUCUACUGACUUCCUGCCCCGCCCCCUACCCUAUAGCUCCUCCUGUUCCAUUUCUCUACUGACUUCUGUCCCCUACCCUAUAGCUCCUCCUGUUCCAUUUCUCUACUGACGUCUGACCCCUACCCUAAAGCUCCUCCUGUUCCAUCUCUCUACUGACUUCCUGCCCCGCCCCCUACCCUAUAGCUCCUCCUGUUCCAUUUCUCUACUGACGUCUGACCCCUACCCUAAAGCUCCUCCUGUUCCAUCUCUCUACUGACUUCCUGCCCCGCCCCCUACCCUAUAGCUCCUCCUGUUCCAUUUCUCUACUGACUUCUGUCCCCUGCCCUAUAGCUCCUCCUGUUCCAUUUCUCUACUGACGUCUGACCCCUACCCUAAAGCUCCUCCUGUUCCAUCUCUCUACUGACUUCCUGCCCCGCCCCCUACCCUAUAGCUCCUCCUGUUCCAUUUCUCUACUGACUUCUGUCCCCUGCCCUAUAGCUCCUCCUGUUCCAUUUCUCUACUGACGUCUGACCCCUACCCUAAAGCUCCUCCUGUUCCAUCUCUCUACUGACUUCCUGCCCCGCCCCCUACCCUAUAGCUCCUCCUGUUCCAUUUCUCUACUGACUUCUGUCCCCUGCCCUAUAGCUCCUCCUGUUCCAUUUCUCUACUGACGUCUGACCCCUACCCUAAAGCUCCUCCUGUUCCAUCUCUCUACUGACUUCCUGCCCCGCCCCCUACCCUAAAGCUCCCCCUGUUCCAUGUGUCUAUUGGCUUUCUCUUGCAGUCACUUCCUGUGGGUAGGUCGUCUCUCUCUUGUUGUUUCCCUGUUGCAGACAGUCAGUUACUUGUGGAAAGCUGAUGAGUCUGUGCUGAAGGAUUUGCUGAGCGUUGGGUGUGCACCAGCCGCUGUAGCCUUUGCAUCAUACACCAGUUGCCUGCAGUGCAAACUGUCAGUUCCACUCAACGUCGGCUUCUGGCCCUGGGGCUGGUGUAUGGCAGUGAGAGUUCAGCUGCUACUCAGUGUUUCACACCGACUGAUAAAUCCUUUUUUCCUGCCCAUUUCCACACUCAAACCUGGAAACCUCUGGAGGGAGGACAAUAGAAUAGAAGUCUGUAGCUCCUCCUACUUGCCAUAUUUAUUUAGGUGCCAUCAUGUAGUUGGGCUCGGACUUUGGACUGGGUCUUGGCACCAGGGGCCCUUGUUAGUGUUACAGCCAAUGGAAUCCCACAGAAAGGUCUGAUCUUGUCUGGGUUCAGCCAUGACUGGACGCUGAUUGGAGGAAUUACGGGCCAAUUAGAUGCAUGAGAUAAAACAUAAUAUUAAAGGAGCAGUAACACCAAAACAAAAAUGAAUGUAUUUGCCCUGACGUGCUAUUUAUUUCUGCCCUGUGCAACUACACGCUUCCCUGGCAUCAUUUUUAUUUAUUGUAUAAAUAUAUUAUCUGUAUGUAUAUAUUAUAUGUAUUUAUAAAGUGCCAACAUAUUCCACAGCGCUGUACAAUAAAUGGCUGUAUACAUUUACAUAUAGAUUUAUAUACAAAAACAGCCAAUAACCCAGAGCCCUCCCCACAGAGAAAAGGGGUUGGAUUGCCACACAAAGGCCCUGUUUCUGUGUAUCAUCUGCCCCCAACAACUCUACCAGAAACCUACAGAUAUUUUCAAAUAAAAAUGGUGUUACUGGCCCUUUAAGAAAUCUCUCUUUUUAUACGUGAUGGUGGCAGGGAGUUGUGAGGAUUCCAUGGCUUGGUCUUACUUGCCCUUUAACUGGCCCAACAGACUGUAAGUGAACAAUCACUAAUUCUAUGGGAAACACUAAUACUGUGUGUGUGUGUGCAUGGCCUGAGGACGCAUGUGUGUGUUGAUGUGCAUGCGUGCUCAUGUGUGUGAAUGUGCAUGCAUGACCAGAGGAAGCGUGUGUGUGUGUGCUCACGUGUGUGUAUAUGCAUGCAUGACCAGAGGAAGCGUGUGUAUGUGUGUGCAUGACCAGAGGAAGCGUGUGUGUGCAUGACCAGAGGAAGCGUGUGUGUGCAUGACCAGAGGACACGCGCAUGUGUGUGCACGUGUGUGAGUCCAGUGAUACACUCCGUUUGUCUGUCCCGUUGGGUUAAUCAGAUUAAGAAGCAAAUGUAAAGUAAUUGCUGAUUAGGGAGAGUUUAUUUGGGAUUGUCGGUAAUUAGUCGUCCUGCUGCUGACGCUCUAAUCCCUUUCCUGCCUGCUCAUUGUAAUCCUUCGCCUCCUCUGGGAGUCGGCUCCUGCACUUCCUCUGAGCUAUUUUAUAGAGAACAUUCCAGAGCUUUUGGGCAUUUUGCCAUUGAUGUACAGAGAGGCUUGUGCUCCCCUAUGAUGGGGUUAGUUUAAUAGACGUAGGUAUCUGGGGACUGAGCCCCCCGACCAGACCAUUGCUGCUCUCAUUGAUAAAUACAGACAAAAGGAACAAGGCCCCCCACUGUGUGUGUUUGUGCGAAGGUUUCCGUGCGUUACAACAUACACAACCAUUCCUAUUGGAGGCUAAAUAGGGUGUGGCUGAAUGUUCUGGAAAAUCCUGUUCUUUAAUUAUUCACUAAUUGAUGGAAUAACAUUGUGCGUGUUGCCAAGUGCAGCACUCUGUGUGUAUGUGCAAUGCUUUGUGCUACAUGUGUGUGUGUGUGUGUGUUUAUCAUGUCCUUUGUGUGUAACACUCCUCGGGGGCUUGUUGUGAAACUUGAGUGUGUACAUAGCACAGUGGGAUUGUGCUUGGUGCUGUUACACACCAUGUCUGUGCAUUUGUGUGUCUGUUAAUUUGUGUGUAACACUCCACUGAGCACAGGUGCAUGGGAGUGUGUAACCCUGGGUUUGUGUACAGUACAGGGAGUAUCUGCUGGGCGAGUGCAUAUGGACAAGUGCUAGAACUUUAUGGAAUUAUCUGUGUUUAGGGAACACUACCGUCGUCCAAUUUAAUGCCCAGGAGGGUUGGAAUCUUGGCACUACAAAUGGGGGGGCUCUGAGAGGUCCCAGGGACUGAGGGACUGUCAUUGAGCCUGAGGAGACUCACGAGGGAAUCCACACUCAUUGGAGUGUUGGUGAGGUUCAUCCAUGCAUACCUUGUAUCACUUGGGGAGAUCUGUGGGGAAGUUCUCUUGGAGGCAGAUUUGGUGGGUAAAGAGCUUGUUGUGCCGGAGGGAUGCUCUAACUAGGAGGGUUCUGGGCAGAAGAACCUUUGUACUGUUGGGUAGAGAAACAACUGGUCUCACAGAGAAGAUCGUCGAAGGAUUCUCGCUGGUGGAGCAUGAAUGGAGAUCUUUUUGUGUCUUGUUGUGUUGUAGAAAAGACUGGGGUGGGGGUAACAUGGGAUAAAGAGCAUCUGAUUAUGGAAAUAUUUCAUUAAAUUGAUGAAACAGCAAAUAAAUAAUGUACAAUACCACAAA